UAAAUAUGUACAUGGAAAUCACGAUAUAUUUUAGCGGAAUGUCGACGAGAACACUCUGAUGCAAAAAUUAAUACAAUGAGCUAAAUCUUUUUUAUCUAAUUUUAUUAAAGUUUACGAACAAUGCAGUUGCAAAUAUCGCUGGAUAUUUCGACUGAUGACAGGAUUGACUCCUGGUCCAGGAGGGAGAGGCAAAAAUGGUUCUUAUCAUUGUUGUCUGGAACAUGCUUGAUAUAUGCCACCCGUACGUCUGUUCCCUUAUUGAUACCAGUCAUUAGUGAAGAGAAGAAUUGGUCAAAGUUUGAUUCAGGUAUAAUACUAUCAAGCUUUUUUUGGGGCUAUACAUUAACACAAGUGGCUAGUGGUUACAUUAGUGACAGAAUUGGUGGACAGAAGGUACUUUGGAUAUCUGCUCUUGGUUGGUCAGCAACAACUUUCUUUUUGCCAGAAAUUAUAGAAUUUUUUUCUGAUGACGGGACUACUGUCUUUCUCGUUGCAGCAGUAAGAAUGAUAAAUGGAGCAUUUCAAGGAAUGCAUUUUCCUAGUACGAUUAGUUUGAUAAGCCAACGUUUGCAUGAAGCAGAAAGAGCCUCCUUCUUCAGUUUGUUAACAUCAGGAUCUGCCCUAGGCACUUUACUCACAGCUUCUUUAGGUUCAUAUCUACUGGAUAAUUAUAAUUGGGCAACCGUCUUUCGAGUGUUGGGAAGCAUGAGUUUGGCAUGGACACUGUUUCUAAGCUAUCAUACUCUGUCUUUUAAGGGAAAAAUGACUUCUACCAAAAUGAUUACUGGCUACACCUUGCCUUGGUCCAAACUCCUCUCAAAACCUCCUUUUUGGUCUUGUGUUAUUGGACAUGCUUGCCAAAAUAAUUGUUUCUUUGUAUUACUUUCAUGGAUGUCCACAUAUUUCCACGACACAUUUCCUGAAGCUAAGGGUUGGAUUGUGAAUAUGGUGCCAUGGUUAUCGAUGCUACCUUGUACAUUCUUAGGAAAAGCCCUGUCAGAAAAGAUAAUUAAGGCUGGCUAUUCCGUAACUGUAACACGUAAAAUAAUUCAAACAAUCUGUUUUGUCGUCGAGAUUGGAAGUCUCUUAUUCUUGACAAAAGUGGAAAGUUUUCAAAGUGCAAUAUUCUGUCUCGCGUUAAUUAUCGGUGGUUCAGGUUUUCAUAAUAACGCAAUUGCUGUAAAUCCUUCGGAUCUUGCACCAAAACAUUCUGGCAGUGUAUUCGGUCUAAUGAAUACCGUUGGCGCGAUACCUGAUUUCCUCUAAAACGCGAAGAUCAUUUAAAAAAAUGAAUCAAGACUAUUGGGCAGUCAGAUUUUAAACCCACUAAAACUGACAUAUUGCACAUAUUUGUAGUGCACAUUUUACUGCAAAUAAUUACAUGGACAGGCCAGGUAAAAAUGACAUUUGCUUGAAAUAUCUUGCUGUACCCUCUAUAUUUCUAGAAAGUCCAGUGAUUACUCCUAAAAUUGCAAGCACACUUCAAGUUUACUUCAAUUACAUCUGCUUCACAUUUGAUUACAUGGAAAAGUGUUUUAAAACCGAAGAAAGAUCAUUUGACAAAUAUUGAUCCAAUAUCAAUAAUAUUUAAUAAUGUGAUGGAUUGCAAUACAGCUUCUAAAAGAAUUACAAAUUCACUUACAUUAAAACGCUUGCAAUUCCUCGCGGAUCAUGGAUCGGCGUGUUUCGCGGGAUAGCGUCCGUCGGGUGUGGUCAGGAUUACUCAGAGAGAAAUAAAACAUAGAGGUGCUAUUUUGUUAUGUAUACGUAUUUAUAUUUUUAAAAGUAAUCUGAACUUAUUUACAGGUACUGACUGGGUUUUCUUAUGUACAAUAUUUACAGUGUGUUUUCCGGAAUUUAAUCUUAAGUAUAAAUGUGUUCGUUGCUUCGCGAAAAGCUUUGCGGAUUCCGAGAAUUGUUACAAUAGACACCGACGAGAUACUAUUAAAGACCAACGAUCUUACUAGUUAGCGGGGCAGGAAAAAUUCACUGUAUGCUAACGUCCUCUUCGAAAAGUUGCGGUCAGAGUAGAAAACAAAAUGAGAAAUAUAUCGAUAAGAUAUUAUUAGACUCAUAGUGAAUACAUUUCGCUUAUCCCAAAAUGUUAUGAGUGUUAAAGAAUUCGUACGGCACAGCAAAUAAUGUAAAAAUUAAUAAAGUAAUAGUUUACAA